CCCGCGGAGCCCUCAGGCUGCCAUGGCGGCGGAGCCGCUGCCGGGGCCGCUCCCGGCCGAGCCCAACCCCUUCUCCUUCCGAGAGUUCGUCCGCACCAAGGCCCGCGGCGGCGGGGCGGGCGAAGCCCCCCAGGCGGCGCCGCCCGGGCCCGUCGCGCUCCCGCUUCCCGCAAUGCCCACAGAGGUGGGGGGUGAGGAAGAGGAGGAGGAGGAGGAGGAGGAGGAAGAGGAGGAGGAGUGGAGCGAGAGCUACCAGCCGCUGGCCGUGGAACGGGCCCACCUCGCUGCCGCCGGACCCGCCUCGCCCUCCGCCGGCUCCUUCUGCUUGGCCGCCCACGGCUCCCCCCCGGGCCCGGGCUGUGCUCCCUCACGGCAGCCCAGCUACGAGCAGCUGAAAGAAGAGAAUGCCACUCUGAGAAGCAAGAUCAGUAAACUUCAAAUUCUCUCUGAAACCCAAGCAGACAAGAUGAGGAAGCUUGAGAAAAAGCUUGAGGAAAACAAAAUCAAAGAAGAAAAAGAAACACAGGAUCUGGAAGCAAUGGUGCAGCAUGUGGAGCAAAAUCUCCAGCUGAUGACUAAACGGGCUGUUAAAGCUGAGAACAGCGCUGCCAAACUGAGACAGGAGAACACCCUGCUCCAGGUCCAGCUGAGGAAUUACAAGGCAGAGAACGAGGCCCUGCAGCUGGGACAGGCAGGGCUGGCAGCAGCAAAGCAGAAUGCAGAGCUGGCCCUGCAGCACCUGCUCAGGGUCACAACCAGCUCCCGAGCAUCCAUCAGGCAGCUCCUCUCUGGAGCAGAAUCCCUGCAGCUCGUCGCUGAUCUCCUGAAAUCCAUCGACAGAAUUUCCGAGGUGUCAGAGGAUGGACAGUGAGUGACUCAGACACCACGGAGGACUUUGCUUUCAUUUAGUAACCAUUACUAAAAAGCGAAUUUUUGAUA